AUAAAAUACCACUCUUUACUAGAAAUAAAUGGAUCAAAAAAUGAAACUUCCUCUCAUCUUCUUCUUUCCACCAAUGGCAAUAGCAAUCCCCAUCUCCUCCUCCUCUCCUUCCUCUUCUUCUUCGUCUUCUACUUUUACGACUUCGUCUUCUUCAGUUUGUUGACCCCACUUAUUCUCUGCUCGGUGGUCGUCUCCCUCCUCCUUCUUUUCCUCCUCUCCUUCACCAGAAGCGCCUUCCACCAUGGCUCCUCUCCACGACCCCCACUCCCCAUCUUAGCUGUUCCCACCCCUUCCCCACUUUUUUUUUUCCGUCAAAACCCCAUCCUUUGUAAUGUGAAGAAGAUCUCAGUUCCUACCCACCGAACGCAAGUCCUCAAACACUUUGCCUACGAAUCACAAAACCCACAUCCAAAAUCGGAUUUUUAGCCAAAAUCUCUGCGAAAUCCCCAUAAAGGAGGCGCCUUUCUCGGAUUCGGAGUAGACCCAUGAACCAGUCGGGCCCCCCCCACCCUCCCCCUUCUUCUUCUUCUUCUUCUUCCUCCAAACCCUCCUCCGUUCUCCCCUACAAAACCCCCAAUUUGAGAGACCGUUACCGCAUCGGGAAGAAGCUGGGGCAGGGCCAGUUCGGGACGACGUACCUCUGCGUCGACAAAUCCGAUGGCGCCGAGUACGCGUGCAAAUCCAUCCCCAAGCGCAAGCUCCUGUGCCGCGAGGACUACGAGGACGUGUGGCGCGAGAUCCAAAUCAUGCACCAUUUGUCCGAGCACCCCAACGUGGUGCGCAUCAGGGGCGCCUACGAGGACGCCCUGUUCGUGCACCUCGUCAUGGAGCUGUGCGCCGGUGGGGAGCUCUUCGACCGGAUCAUACAGAAGGGCCACUACAGCGAGCGCAAGGCGGCGCAUCUCAUCCGCACCAUCAUCGGCGUCGUCGAGGCCUGCCACUCCCUCGGCGUCAUGCACCGAGACCUCAAGCCCGAGAACUUCCUCUUCGCCAGCGCCGACGAGGACGCCGCCCUCAAGGCCACUGAUUUCGGCCUCUCCGUGUUCUACAAGCCCGGUGAUACAUUCUCUGAUGUAGUUGGGAGUCCUUAUUAUGUUGCGCCUGAGGUACUUCGAAAAUGCUAUGGCCCAGAAGCAGAUGUUUGGAGUGCUGGGGUCAUUUUAUACAUUUUACUAAGUGGAGUUCCACCUUUUUGGGCAGAAACUGAAGCGGGAAUCUUCAGACAGAUUUUACAAGGGCGUCUUGAUUUUGAGUCCGAGCCGUGGCCUGGAAUCUCCGAUAGUGCUAAAGACCUCAUUCGGAAUAUGCUAAAUAGGGAUCCAAAGAAGAGAUUUACAGCUCAUGAUGUCUUAUGUGACCCGUGGAUUGUUGAUGAUACAGUGGCGCCUGAUAGACCUCUUGAUUCUGCUGUUUUAUCACGGCUGAAGCAGUUCUCGGCGAUGAACAAACUAAAGAAGAUGGCUUUGCGGGUGAUCGCAGAAAGCCUCUCGGAGGAAGAGAUUGGUGGCCUUAGAGAGUUGUUCAAAAUGAUCGACACAGACAACAGUGGGACAAUAACAUUUGAUGAACUGAAGGAUGGCAUGAGAAGAGUGGGUUCAGAACUGAUGGAGUCUGAAAUACAGGCUCUCAUGGAUGCGGCUGAUAUUGACAACAGUGGCACUAUUGACUAUGGAGAAUUCCUCGCUGCUACUGUACACAUGAAUAAGUUGGAGAGGGAGGAAAACUUACAUUCGGCCUUCUCAUACUUUGACAAGGAUGGGAGCGGUUAUAUAACCAUCGAUGAACUCUCACAAGCAUGCCGAGAAUUCGGCCUCACUGAUGUCCAUCUGGAAGAGAUGAUCAAAGAAAUUGAUCAGGAUAAUGAUGGACAAAUCGAUUACAGCGAGUUUGCGGCGAUGAUGAGAAAGGGCAAUGGUGGAGUAGGAAGGAGGACGAUGAGAAACAACUUGCAUGUUAAUUUGGGUGAUGUCUUUAAGACCGGAGAACACUAACACAUACUAGACGGCUUUUGAAUUGAGAUUUACCUCUAGCAGUAUAAUGGAUCAGGUUCGCAGGAAGCAAAGAUUGAGACCCAUUUUCCUACUGCCCUAUGGUUAAUUUCGAGGGAAGUUGCACUUGGGAGGAACUUCAUAUAGAGAGACGUCUUGUAGUCGACUUUAGUGAUUGGAAUGAAUUAAUUGCAUACAUGAACUUAACCUUUAUCAGUUUAUAAAGGUUUUUGUGUUUUUAUUGCUUGGAUCCUAUGUUUGUCUAGGAAUUGUGGACUCGAGUAUCGCAUCUGGCUGUGACUAUCAUCUGUGUCCCACAUGAGCUAUGGACUUCUAUGAGUGCCUUGUCCCCUUUUGAGGCAUUUUGUAUAGAAAUUCAUGCUUAUUUAAUAUCCUAAACAGUGAUAAUUGACAAAGUCAGAUCUGAGAUUAAGCUUCUUAU